AUGCAAGCGGUUAGACUAGUCAACAUAGCCGAACCUAAGCUAGUUGGGCCAGGUUACGUGGGGGAUAUCGGGGUUAUGUUGCAGUUCGGGGUUGGAUAUGCUCUCUCAGAUACCGCAGGAGAUGACCCAUUGGCAGUUGGCAGUGCAUUGACAACAUCCCUCUCGGCCAUCUGGUGUUGUCUUGGCAGACUCACAGUCAAGUACGAACCCGAAUUCGCAGCAGUCUUUGGGAUUCUCUCAGCUGAAUACGAUGUUUUGAACGCCAUCUUCUGUAAGCAACCUUUUUCGCCGACUUUCAGGACACAGUUUAACAAGAUACUUUUUUCGGAUGCAGGUGCUCAAAUCCUCAACGCUGCAGAUAAAUCCAGCAUAUCCCGCAGUACGGAUCAGCUUCUCACCACGUUGGCCAGGGUUAGGAACGGCGCAUCCCAGCACCCGAUUACCGAGUCAGUAAAAGACUUACGGUUCCGCAAUUACAUAGACGAGGUUACCUUGGUGUGGGGCUGUUCUAAUUUUGUUCAUUGCCAGGGGCCGAAAAACGACACCAGAACGUCCGCUCAGCCAAGGCUCCGGGCGGACUCAGGGAAGGCUCAGGUUAAAGCAGCGACUACUCAGGAUGAGCGUCUUACGCAGCUGCGAGAUGCCCUCAGUCAUAUCCGCAACUAUCCUAUAGUGGAUGAACUGACGCGCUUUAUUGAUACCGUUUUACGGCCAAUGCAACCGGACACUUUCUCCAAGAAUUACAUGCGGAUGAUGGCCAAGAUAGUUGUUGCGGUAAUGGAUGCGGAGAAGCCACUGGUACUUGGCGGCCUGCUCGAUGAUCAACCCGACGAUUCAGGUGCAAGCUCUCACACCAAUUAUCAUCAUAUUGAUUCCGAUUCUGUGAAUGAGGGGGACUUUGAGGAAGAGUCGGAGGGCUCCUCGGAGAGUGAAGACGACGAUAUAGUCAGGUACGUGUUCACUUCUUCCAAGCCGAUGAAGGAGUCUUCGGAAACACUGUACCCGAACGAUAUUGAUAAGCACGUGUCGAUUCCUGUCGCUGGAGCUAUCGCUGGAAGUAACUUGGAAUCGGUCGACUUUCACAACGAGCCUGGGCCCGAGCUACUCAUUCAGUGUUGGGUGAAUGGGCUCUGUUUUUUCCGAGGCCAUUCCCGUCGAUCGGUUGUCUUCCCAUGGCAUCCUGCGUUGAGAGAAGACUUCAGGACCUAA